CGAAUCAUGCUUGCCUCAUCGUCCCGGGGUCGUUGAGCACUUGAGCACCGGGAGCUGCGCAAUAAAUUACACUGCCGAGUGUUCGCUUCCGGGCACGGCUGCCUCCCUGAUCCCCUGUGAGUCUGCGACCUCGACCGCAACCGCGCGCGCGGCCAUGGAGCAAGCCGCCCCGCCGCAGGUUCCCCGCGUCAAGCUCGGCACCCAGGGGCUGGAGGUGUCGAAGCUGGGGUUCGGGUGCAUGGGGCUCACGGGCUCCUACAACGCGCCGCUCGGCGACGAGGCCGUCGCCGCCGUCGUCGGGCACGCGUUCCGCCGCGGGGUCACCUUCUUCGACACCUCCGACGCGUACGGGCCCCACACCAACGAGACCCUCCUCGGCAGGGCGCUGGCGCGGCUGCCGCGGGGGCAGGUGCAGGUGGCCACCAAGUUCGGGAUCGUCCAGGGCGCGGGCGGCGGCCUGACCGUGUGCGGCAAGCCGGAGUACGUGCGCGCCUGCUGCGAGGCCAGCCUGCGCCGCCUCGGCGUCGGCUACAUCGACCUCUACUACCAGCACCGCGUCGACACCACCGUCCCCAUCGAGGACACGAUUGGCGAGCUGAAGAAGCUGGUGGAGGAGGGGAAGGUCAAGUACAUCGGGUUGUCGGAGGCGAGCCCGGACACGAUCCGCCGCGCGCACGCCGUGCACCCCAUCACUGCGGUGCAGAUGGAGUGGUCGCUCUGGUCCCGCGACAUCGAGCCCGAGAUAGUGCCGCUCUGCAGGGAGUUGGGGAUUGGAAUUGUUCCUUACAGUCCAAUUGGCCGCGGAUUCUUUGCCGGAAGAGGAGUGACACAACAAGUGUCUUCUGAAUCUAGUCUGCAAAAGCACCCAAGGUUUGCAGCAGAUAAUUUGGAGAAGAACAAGCAGAUUUACCUGAAAAUGGAAGAUCUGGCCAAGAAGCACCAGUGCAGCCCAGCUCAGCUAGCUUUAGCUUGGGUUCUGCAUCAAGGAGAUGACGUGGUCCCUAUACCAGGGACAACCAAAAUCAAGAACCUAGAUGCCAACAUUGAGUCCUUGAAGGUGAAGCUGACAGAUGAGGACCUGAAAGAAAUCACCAGCCAGAUACGUGCAGACGAUGUGGCUGGUGGAAGGCAAUACAAUUCCUAUGCACAUACCGCCUGGAAGUAUGCAGACACACCAAAGUAGAGCUCUGGAAACGUUCUUGCCACAGCAAGCCUAUGCAUGCAAGAAUUGAACUGUUCUCCCUGCAUAUGCACUAAAAUUUUUUCGCCGAUGCCGAUGUAUCUUGGGAAUACAUCAUGGUAAAUAAUUUGGACGAAUAACUUAAUGACUGAUAAGUGCUAUUUGAUCGGCGACUAUGAGCAGAA